AUGUUUAAAAUACAUGAGGGUGAAAUUAUUUUAAAAGAGAAAUAUGGGUCCUCGUCGAAAGAAGUACUGUAUGUUAAGCCGCCAAAUCAGACUAAUAUUGUAACGUUAGAUGAAAACUACAAUAACGUGGCUAGUUGGUUUACCAGAGUUUUUCUACCGCAAGGCUACCCUGAUAGCGUUAGCAAAGAUUACUUAGCAUAUCAAGUGUGGGAUACUGCACAGGCCUUUUGCAGCACUAUAACAGGCACUCUGGCAACUCAGGAGGUGUUAAGAGGAGUUGGAGUGGGAGACACAAGUGCCACACCGUUAGCUGCCACUAUUACUUGGGUAAUAAAAGAUGGAUGUGGUCAUCUGGGAAAAAUCCUAUUUGCAUUUAGUCAUGGCACUUAUCUGGAUGCAUACAGCAAGAAAUGGAGGUUGUAUGCUGACACACUCAAUGAUACUGCCAUGUGUAUAGAAAUAGCACUGCCACUGUUCAAAAACUACACAACAUUUGCUCUGUGUGUGAGCACUGUUAUGAAAGCUAUUGUUGGUGUAGCUGGUGGCGCCACUCGAACGGCGAUGACGCAACACCAUGCGGUACGUGGCAAUUUGGCGGACGUGUCAGCAAAAGACUCAGCUCAAGAGACGGCUGUUAAUUUAGUCGCAUCCUUCACAGCUCUCUUCAUAAUUUCCGUUUUUGGGAACUCCUUGCUGAUAUUCGUUCUAAUGAUGGUGCUACAUAUUGUGUUCAAUUACUUCGCCGUGCGUGCAGUUUGCCUGAGAACUUUAAACGAGCCAAGGUUUCUGCAAGUCAUCGACACAUAUCUAACAAAGGAAAUGAUAGCCGCCCCCUGUGAGGUUAACAGAAAAGAACCGAUUAUAUUCUAUCAAUUAGGACCAAAUUUACUAGAUUUAAAGUUAUGUGGAUUUCAAAUAAAAUUGGGAUAUUCACUGAAACAGUUGGUAAAGGAUAAGCCUGCUGCGUGCUAUUUAAAAAAAAUAAAGGAAAUUUACGAAGAACGAAAUUACGUACUUAGUCCUAGUAUAAGAGACCGCAUUAUGUACAUAUUGGUAAAAGAAAGUGCAUCUACAGAUGAUAUACUUUGUGCAUACUUCCACGCGGUGUUACUUUCUGUUUUAACUUGCGCUAUUAAUGACGAAAUAGUGCCUCUAUACAAAAGCGCGAUGGAGCGUCCGUUCGCCCAAAUAUGCAAAGCGAUUCAGUCAGCUGCUUGGAGCCGGGAAUCAACAAAGGAUAUACACUCCUCAUGCACCGGUUUUGUUUAUGAACCGUCCUACGAACUUAUGAGAUAUGUACAUAAGAUAGUUCAUAGCGAGUGGUACAGAGUGCAAGCUGGCCUCGAACAUACCGGUUGGGACCUCAGCAAACAUCUUUUAAUAGUUGAUGAAUGGCGAAUAUGCAGUCGAACUAUAAAUCCAGAUGCGAUUUCAAUGGAAAAAAGCCUAAAGCAAUUUAAUUCAGUUGUUGAAACCAGUAACGUUUUGCUUAGCAAAGAUCUAGAACUAGCUUCGGAGUAG